AUGGGCGCUGAGGCGGGCGGGCCGCGGGGCACCGCGCCGGGCCAGCAGCUCCGCGCCCUCUUCUACGCGGUGACGCCCGGAGAGAGCUCCUUCCGCACGGUGGAGGAGGUGCCCGACUACGUAGAGAAGAGUAUUCCAUUCUUCAUUACUUUUAUUGGGCUGGAGUUUGCUGUCAGCUGGAUUCAGAAGCGUAAGCUGCCGGGUCGGAUCAAUGAUGGGAUAAGUUCUCUUUCCUUGGGUAUCCUGUCCCGACUACCAGAUGUUUUAUUCAGAAGUAUUGAGUUAAUUAGUUACAUAUACGUAUGGAAUAACUACAGACUCUUUGAACUGCCCUGGGACUCUCCAUGGACAUGGUAUCUGACAUUUCUGGGAGUGGACUUUGCAUACUACUGCUUUCAUCGCAUGAGCCAUGAGGUUAAUAUACUGUGGGCUGCACACCAAGUACACCAUAGUUCAGAAGAUUACAACUUAUUCACAGCCUUGAGACAAUCUCUACUGCAGAAAUACACCUCCUGGAUGUUCAACUUGCCCAUGGCUCUUUUCAUUCCCCCUUCGGUGUUUGCUGUUCAUUUACAGUUUAAUCUGCUUUACCAGUUUUGGAUACAUACAGAGCUUAUCACCAAACUUGGGCCUCUGGAAUGGAUACUUAAUACUCCCAGUCAUCACAGAGUUCAUCAUGGUAGAAAUCCUUACUGCAUUGACAAAAAUUAUGGUGGCACACUCAUUAUCUGGGACAGGAUAUUUGGAACAUUUGAGGCCGAAGAUGCAAAAGUUGUAUAUGGCUUAACACAUCCAGUAAAUUCAUUUGACCCCAUCAUGCUCCAGUUACGUCCCUUGGCUCAUAUUUGGAACACGUUUUGGGCCACACCUGGAUUCUGCAAUAAGCUUUCUGUCAUAUUCAAAGGGCCAGGCUGGGGACCAGGCAAACCUAGACUUGGCCUUCCUGAGGAAAUCCCAGUGAUCACUGGAAAAGAAGUUCCCUUCAACCCACAUGUACCAGCUUAUCUUAAUUGCUAUGCACUUGUACAUUUUGCUGUAAUACUGGACUUGUACAUCGAACUUCUUGCUUCUAUGACUAUGUUGUCACAGGGAACAGUUCUCGUGAGAAUUGGCUUUAUCAUUCUGUCCCUGGCAUCUUUUGGACUACUUAUGGAGAACAAGUCCAAAGCAGGAAUUUUGGAAAUCAUUCGCUGUUUAGUCUUCAUAGCUGCUUACGAACUUGACUACUUCAGGUGUCAUUUUUCCUUCUUGGGCUAUGCAUCUGAGGUCUUGUUUUCCCUCUGUGCUGCAUUCUGGGGAAUCCAAAUUAUGAAGCGGAUCACUUCAUUCAAAGAUAAACACCACUGAAAGAGCGGAUCUAACAUCACCUUAAAUGUGGAAACAGCACUUCAGAAUAACCUUCUAAGUUCCUUGGAAUUAAUCAACCAUGAAUCAUGCUGUAUUGCAAUCAGUUCACUUAUGAUAUGAGAGAUUUGUGAUUUCCUAUGAAGGUUUGAAAGAUUCCUAAGGGAGUAUAAUAAUUUUAUUUGAUUUUUUUAAAGAAAUAUUUAAUUUCUUCCCAAUUUAAAUCAAAUAUUCAUGCAGAGCAUAGAUUUUUGCAUUCAUAGGAUUACAAAUUCUUCAAAACCAUGUAAAACUAAUUUAAUUUUUGCAGUGAUUUUGUUAGUAAUAAUAUGUGAAAAGUAUUUUUCACAAGAGGAAUAAUUAAAAUCAUAUCUGAUGUAA